CAACCGCUAGUUAUGUUCGGUUAUGUUUUGUUUUAUUUCACUUUGAACCAUUGAACCUCUUUCUUUUGCAACAAUGGUGUUUUCUACUAUGUAUUCUCCAACACUAAACCUUGCUAUUUCUUCAACUACAAACUACUCUUGCAGAAGAAGAAGAGCAUCAAGCACAAUUUCAUACAGAGGAGUGAAUAAUAUCAUAAUCAGAGCUAGUUCUUCUGAGAAAAGUGAAUCCAAAAGCAAAGAUCAAGAUGAUAAAUCAUCAUUCAACCCUUUUGGAUUUGUUACUGAUAAUCCAUCAAGCCGUAGUGCCAUUCAAUUGUCUGAAAAUCCUGCUGAAGCUGGCAAUGUUGGACAAAUGAUAGAUAAAAUACAAGACAAGGGCAAGGAAUACGGAUCAUAUGUAAAAUCCGGGAAGUUGAGAUGGUUUGUGAGGGAAACUGGAUCAGCAAAUAGCAGACGAGGAACAAUUGUAUUCCUUCACGGAGCGCCAACGCAAUCUUUUAGCUACCGAGUUGUUAUGUCUGAGUUGGGAGAUGCAGGGUUUCACUGCUUUGCGCCUGACUGGAUAGGAUUUGGUUUCAGUGACAAGCCACAGCCAGGAUAUGGUUUUAAUUACACAGAAAAGGAGUUCCACGAUGCAUUGGAUAAACUGCUCGAGGUGUUGGGGGUCGAGUCUCCGUUUUCCCUAGUUGUUCAGGGAUUUCUUGUAGGUUCAUAUGGACUGACCUGGGCCUUGAAGAAUUCAAGCAAGAUAUCAAAGCUAGCAAUACUAAACAGUCCUUUAACAAGUUCAUCUCCCAUUCCUGGACUAUUUCAGCAGCUAAGAUUCCCUCUAUAUGGUGAGUUUCAAUGCCAGAAUGCUAUUAUUGCUGAGCGGUUUAUUGAAAGAGGUAGCCCUUAUGUUCUGAAAAAUGAAAAGGCUGAUGUUUAUCGGUUACCUUAUCUGGCAAGCGGUGGACCUGGAUUUGCUCUACUUGAAGCGGCAAGAAAAGCUAACUUCAACGGUACUUUCAGUGAAAUAGCUGAAGGAUUUGCAGCUAACAGAUGGGAUAAGCCGGUAUUGCUUGCUUGGGGAUUAUCAGACAAGUACUUGCCACAGUCUAUAGCAGAGGAGUUUCAAAAAGGAAAUACUCAAAACAUUAAGCUUAAAUUGAUAGAAGGAGCUGGUCAUAUGCCACAAGAAGAUUGGCCUGAGAAAGUUGUUGAUGCUUUGAGAAUGUUCUUUUGAUCUCAACAACCAAAACAGACCUUGAAGGAAUCCAUGUCCUUACUCAAAUCAAAAGGACAGUCCUGAGUUUUUCCUUAAAUUGUAAAUUUAGUGUCUCAUGUUGUCUUAUGUUUGUUCCUUUUAAAAAUAAAAGAGGAAAUGUAUAGAAAUGCUCUUGAACUGAUGAAAUGAAAAGUAAUGAUGUUGCAGAUCAAACCAAA